AUGGACUUGAGCACCGUUUCCCAACAUCCCAAUGGCGCAGAUGAGCCUAGCGCACAGAAAACAUUUGCCCGCCAUGUCGAGUACAGUGAUGAUGCCGAAGAAGCAGUAAUGGCAGACGAAGCAGACGCAGAUGCACCGGCCAGGAUUACCCGCUCAACAUGGGCGGCGGUCUUCUUCCUUGGCUUCACCUUCCAACCUGCCCUCACCUUCACCGUGCUAUUUGUCUUUCCAGUGAUUAUCCCGAUUGCAAUAGAGCUGCAAGGAAACACCAAGAAUAGUAACUGGCUCGCGUCCGGCUGGUCGCUAGGUGGCAGCAUCGGAUUCGCCGUCGCCGGCCAACUGAGCGACCAAUUCGGGCGGCGGUGGAUUCUCCUCGGUGGCCAGGCGCUGCUCAUCAUCGGAUACAUUGUCGGAGCGACCGCGCAGAAUCUCCACCAGUGCAUUGCAGCCAUGGCCAUCUGCGGCUUGGGCACAGGGACAACCUUUGUCCUCUAUCCCGGCAUCUCGGAGCUCCUACCCAACAAAUACCGCGCCUACGGUCUCGCCUGGACGGAGCUGAAUCUCCUCCCAUUCACCACCCUCGGCCCACUACUCGCACGCAUGCUCACCGACAACGCCUCGUGGCGCUGGAUCUUCAUCCUCGGCGCCACAACAGGCGCGAUUUGCAUCGUCGGCACAGCCAUCUUCUACCACCCACCGACCCGUCCAAUCCGCACCCUCUCGCGCCGCGAGAUCCUCCGUCAACUCGACUACAUGGGCAUCUUCCUCUACAUCACCGGUCUAACCCUCUUCCUCCUCGGCCUUGGCUGGGGCGGCACAGGGUACCCCUGGAGGAACGCCAAAGUGCUCGCGCCCAUGUGCACAGGGGCCGCGCUCUUCGUCUGCGCCUUCGCCUGGGACUUUGGCGGACGCGCCGCCCGCCCGCUUUUCCCACUCGCCCUGUUCACAAUGUUCCGGCGGUACACGCUGCUGCUGGUCAUCAUCUUCGUCACGGGCGUGGUCUACUUUACGCUCACGGCCCUCAUGCCCCAGCAGAUCUCCUCCACGCUCACAUCCGACUCCACGCUCGCCGGCGUGUACAACAUCCCCGGCGGGUUCGGCGGCGCCGCAGGCGGCGUCCUCCUCGGCGGCCUGAUCCCCAAGAUCAAGCACGUCCACUACCAGCUCGUCGCGGGCGUCGCGGUCCAGACCCUGUUUACGGCGCUGCAGGCGACAUGCGGGCCCGGGGACGUGGCAAAGUUACUCGUGUUCCAGUUCCUCGCGAACCUGCCCUUCGCGUGGAUCACGCUCGCGUGCUAUGUCACGGCGAGUCUGCACGUGGCCCAUGCGGACCUGGGCCUUGCGCUGGGCCUGAUCGGGACGUUUCGGUUUCUGGGCAGUGCGGUGGGGACGACGGUGUUUGGGCAGAUCUUGAAUACCCGCGCCGCGGACUUUGUUUCUGAACAUGUUGCAGAGGCGCUGGAUAGCUACUCUCGGUCUGAAAUCGCAGAUGUGCUUGUGGCGCUUUCGACACCUGGUAGCCCGGCGUCGGCGACCAUCUUGAGUGGUAUGGCGCCUCGGGCGCUGGAGGAGGCUGUGCGUGCGUACCGAGCUGCAUGGAGCAGUGCAUUUCGCGUCACUUGGCUGGCGACGAUUCCCUUUGGGGUUGUCGCGUGUGUGUUGGCGUUCUGGGUGCGGGAUCCGUCGCCGUUGUUUACGAGCCAUACAGCUGUCCGGAUGGAGAGGGAGGCAUUGGGUGGGAAAGCAGAUGAGAGCCAGGAGGGUAUGCGGAGUCCGGGCAGUGGCGAUGUGUAA